AUGUGUGAAAAAAUAUUAGGAAAAAGAGCUCAAGGAAGAACGAGAAAUAAAUGUAAGGUUGAAAUGAGAAAGACUGCUUAUGCAGUAAAUGUAGUAAAUGUAGUAAAUGUAGUAAAUGUAGUAAAUGUAGUAAAUGUAGUAAAUGUAGUAAAUGUAGUAAAUGUAGUAAAUGUAGUAAAUGUAGUAAAUGUAGUAAAUGUAGUAAAUGUAGUAAAUGUAGUAAAUGUAGUAAAUGUAGUAAAUGUAGUAAAUGUAGUAAAUGUAGUAAAUGUAGUAAAUGUAGUAAAUGUAGUAAAUGUAGUAAAUGUAGUAAAUGUAGUAAAUGUAGUAAAUGUAGUAAAUGUAGUAAAUGUAGUAAAUGUAGUAAAUGUAGUAAAUGUAGUAAAUGUAGUAAAUGUAGUAAAUGUAGUAAAUGUAGUAAAUGUAGUAAAUGUAGUAAAUGUAGUAAAUGUAGUAAAUGUAGUAAAUGUAGUAAAUGUAGUAAAUGUAGUAAAUGUAGUAAAUGUAGUAAAUGUAGUAAAUGUAGUAAAUGUAGUAAAUGUAGUAAAUGUAGUAAAUGUAGUAAAUGUAGUAAAUGUAGUAAAUGUAGUAAAUGUAGUAAAUGUAGUAAAUGUAGUAAAUGUAGUAAAUGUAGUAAAUGUAGUAAAUGUAGUAAAUGUAGUAAAUGUAGUAAAUGUAGUAAAUGUAGUAAAUGUAGUAAAUGUAGUAAAUGUAGUAAAUGUAGUAAAUGUAGUAAAUGUAGUAAAUGUAGUAAAUGUAGUAAAUGUAGUAAAUGUAGUAAAUGUAGUAAAUGUAGUAAAUGUAGUAAAUGUAGUAAAUGUAGUAAAUGUAGUAAAUGUAGUAAAUGUAGUAAAUGUAGUAAAUGUAGUAAAUGUAGUAAAUGUAGUAAAUGUAGUAAAUAUAGUAAAUGUAGUAAAUGUAGUAAAUGUAGUAAAUGUAGUAAAUGUAGUAAAUGUAGUAAAUGUAGUAAAUGUAGUAAAUGUAGUAAAUGUAGUAAAUGUAGUAAAUGUAGUAAAUGUAGUAAAUGUAGUAAAUGUAGUAAAUGUAGUAAAUGUAGUAAAUGUAGUAAAUGUAGUAAAUGUAGUAAAUGUAGUAAAUGUAGUAAAUGUAGCUCGUAUUAAGGCACGAAACAAUUUAGCACAUUCGCUAAAUUUAGUUGUGCAAAAUGCAUCAGACUGCUGUUUGGAAUCUACGGCGUUCUUUAUGAUGGUACAAGAAAUUCACACCUUUUUUACGGCAUCUUCAUACAAAUGGAACUUGUUAUCUCAGUUUAUAAAAGUUUCAGAAAACGAAAAACUUUUACCUAACAGAGUUAACACUACGCGAUGGUCAUCACAAUCUGAUGCCAUUAAAGCCCUAGGACACAGUUACGCAUCAAUAAAAAGAUGUUUAGAGCAAAUAUCUCAAAAUAGAGAAGACAAAAGUGUUGUGAGAGUUGAAGCGGCUUCUUUUGCCGAAAAAUUAGAUCUUCUUGAAAAUGGCAUUCUUUUAACAAUUUGGUUGGAUAUGUUACACCGAACUAAUGAUGUAAAUAAGUCUUUACAACAAGAUAAUAUGAAUAUAAGUACCACAUCUAACCUUUUAUCUUCAUUGGCCCAAUACUUUUAA